AUGGUUGUUCCAUGGCGAUGUACCUUUCGUACCUCAAUUUUAGUGCUGAUUCCGGUGCUGGUUAUUAUGGAUGACAACGAUAGCGAUGAUUAUUCUGGUAGUGAUAUAGACGUCAGAGUUGUCGGUAUAUCGUCUGCAUCGGACGGAUAUGUAGAGCUCGUCAACGAAGGCACAUGGGGUAAAGUUUGUGCAGAUGGUUGGGACAUCGAAGACGCCUCCGUAAUCUGUCGUCAACUUUAUAAUACAACCGCCAGUCGAGCCUAUUCCAUUGAAUAUGGGGAUAGUGGUCCGAAUUCUGUGCUCACGUCUAACGUUCAAUGCACUGGUCGGGAAAGUAGGUUCUCAGAGUGCGUACAUGGACCUUGGGAAUCUACGUGUCCAUCAAACGCAGUUGCUGCGUUGGAGUGUGAAGGGGCAACAAAGAUCCGACUCGCCAAUGGUAACACUCCUUUAGAAGGUCGAGUUGAGUUGUUCUAUAAUGGUGAGUGGGGAACGAUAUGUGACGACGGAUGGGAUUACUUCGAUGCAGUGGUUGCGUGUCGUCACCUCGGCAACUACGCUGUGAAAUCAAGCAGUUCCGCGAAGUGCUGUGGCGCCUAUGGAGCCGGGACUGGAACCAUUCAUCUUGAUAACUUAGGCUGUACAGGAACUGAGGCUCGAAUCGAAGACUGUAUUCACAGUGGUUGGGGAAGUCACAACUGCGGUCACCAUGAAGAUUCGGGUGUUACGUGCACUGAUAUCAGAAUUAACAAUGGAAAUACUACUGAAUGGAUUGGACUUGUAGAAACGUUACAUAAUGGACAAUGGGGUAAUAUAUGCUUGGAGGACUUUGACGACAUGGCAGCCAAAGUAUUUUGUUAUCAACUUCACAUGACCGAGGCGGCUUUAGUCUUUGGUAAACCACAAGACCUACCUGUAUUUAUGCAGGGCUUGAAAUGCCAUGGCAACGAAACAAUGCUAGCAAAUUGUUCAGUUGCAACAUGGGGAAACUACACAUGUAGCAGUGGGUCAGUUGCCUCAAUUAAGUGUCGAGAAUCUGGAAAUGUUCGCCUGCGUGGCGGUGUUAAUGAGGGCGAAGGUCGUGUUGAGAUUUUCUAUGGUGGGUCCUGGGGAACUAUAUGUGAUGAUGACUUUGCUAUUGAAGAAGCAGAAGUUGUUUGCCGUCAACUUGGCUUUGUUGGGGCUAAUGCAGACACUCCAGUUCGGAAGUUCGGUCAAGGAACUGGCCAGAUCCAUCUGGACAACCUCGCCUGUACAGGAGCGGAAAAUCGUUUAGAUGAAUGCCGUCAUCCUAAUUGGGGAGAUCACAAUUGUGGGCACCAUGAAGAUGCAGGAGUAGUCUGCGACACAUCAGAUUGCAGAGAGCCUCUUGGAAUGGAAAACGGAAACAUCGGCGAUUUACGAAUUAGUGCCUCGGGAUAUCUAUCACUACAAUUCGCGCCCUCUAAAGCCCGGCUGAAUUUAGAUACAGGAUCAACAAGAGGUGUUGCGUGGAUCCCACAGAGUUUUACUAACUCGCAGUGGAUUAAAGUCGAUUUGCGAGUUCCUCAUCUAGUGACUGGAGUGAUGACUCAAGGUAGAAACAGAACCGGUGAAUAUGUCACACAGUAUACGGUGAAGUACAGCAAUGACGGCAUUUUGUGGACUAAUAUUUGGCGAUCAAGAUCAGAAAAUAUUAUGAAUUUCAUAGCAAAUACAGAUGAUAAUACGAUUGUUACAAACUACUUUGAAGAAGCUGUUACAGCAAGAUUCAUCAUGAUCGUUCCAGCAUUAUGGAAUUUACAGAUUGCCCUCCGAUUUGAGCUCCUAGGAUGUGGAGAAUGCUAUAACAUGUUAGAUGCUUCCGACUAUCGAGGCUCUAAAAGUACCACAGCUUUAGGUAAGACGUGUCAAAAAUGGACGUCACAGUUACCUCAUCGUCAUACACGUACGUCAGAAAAUUAUCCAGAUUCAGGUUUGGGUGAUCACAACUUCUGCCGUAACCCCGAUGGAGAAAUAACAGCCUGGUGUUAUACAACGGAUCCAACUUCUAGGUUUGAACUUUGCGAUAUUGGUCUUCCUGGAGAAUAUUGCGGAAACGAGGCAUUAGUUGUGCGUCUUGCAGAUGGGAACACUGAAUUAGAAGGGCGUGUUGAAGUGUUUCAUAAUGGAGCAUGGGGCACAGUUUGUGACGAUAGUUUUGGUCCUAGUGAUGCUAAGGUUGUAUGCAGGAUGUUAGGGUACGAAGGAACAGAAUCUCAAUGCUGCAAAAAGUUUGGUCCAGGCAGCGGUGUCAUCGUCAUUGAUGACCUGGCGUGCCUAGGAACCGAGGAUUCACUGGAACAGUGCCGUCACAACGGCUGGGGCAAGCACAACUGCCGUCACGAUGAAGAUAUCGGCGUCAUAUGCAAGCGACCAGUUCGACUUACUGGAGGGCCAUCUGAGUUGAUCGGACGCGUCGAGAUAUUCCAUGACUUGGAAUGGGGAACGAUCUGCAACGAAGGUUUUGACAAGUUCGAUGGUCGCGUCAUCUGUAGCAUGCUUGGUGGCUACAACUACAAGCGCAUGCCUUCACUAUCUGAGAUUACCGGUAAAUCGACUGGGCCAAUUCACGUCACUAAUAUGGAUUGCAACGGCACCGAAGGAACACUGGAUGAGUGCAAUCAUGAUGAGUGGGGUGUUACAACGUGUGGACAUGCCGACGAUGCUUUGCUAGAAUGCGAACGAGGCCUUCCAGUUCGUCUGGUUGGUGGACCUAGCAAACUAGAAGGGCGUGUGGAAAUAUUUCACAGUGGUCAGUGGGGCACCGUGUGUGACGAUGGCUGGGAUUACGACGAUGUAGCGGUUGUUUGUAAACAACUAGGCGGGUUUUUGCCGAAAACGUCGAAAGCCGCCAGAUGCUGCGCAGCAUAUGGGCCUGGCGUGGGAUCUAUUUUGCUGGAUGGUGUCCAAUGCAGCGGCUCAGAAGCAACUCUUCAUGAUUGUGCCCACUUGGGCUGGACAACACAUAAUUGUAAUCACAAUGAGGAUGCAGGAGCAAUGUGUACAGACACGCGUCUUCGCAAUAAUGACGAUAUUGAAAGCAUGACCGGAAUAGUGGAUGUUUUGAGAAACGGUGAAUGGAGCGGUGUAUGUUCAACCGGGUUCAACAUGGCUGCAGCACAUGUUGUUUGCAGUCAGUUGUUCAACACAACUGCAAGAAGUUUCUCUGCAGUUCCAAUGGAGAACUAUCCAACGACAAUACGCAACGUUUCGUGUACUGGAACAGAAACUGCACUUAUGAAAUGCUCUUAUGUCAGUGGAUCGUGUGAAACAGAUAUGAUCGUAAAAGUUGUGUGCGCAGAGGUGCGGUUGGUGGAUGGGCCCGCGAAUGAACUAGGAGGUCGAGUUGAAAUUUUAGAUGGUGGUAGAUGGGGCGCCAUUUGUGGCAAUGGUUGGAACAUGGAAGCCGCUAAGGUCACUUGUCGUGAAGCUGGCUUCUGUUCCGCAAAAAAUGCAUUUAAAGGGUUCUUUCCAGGAACAACCGCGUUUGUUUGGAGUACGAUUAAAUGCACCGGAACAGAAGCAAAAUUACGAGAUUGCAACAGACGCCUUGGACCAUCCCCUUGUACAGGAACAUUCGAAGAGGCUGGCGUGACGUGUCGAAGGUCUUGUUUAUACCCUGGUGACAUAUGCAAUGGUGUGGUACAGCCAUCUAAGGAAGAGUAUGGCUUAGGGGAUGUAUUAAAUUUUACAUGCAACGACGGCUUCGAGCUGAUUGGCACCAAAACCUUGACUUGUACAGGUGAAUGUGAAUGGGAUGCUGCACUACCGAAGUGUCAGAUUAUUAUCUGCCACCAUCCUCCAGCUUUUGCAUUUGCCAAAGUUCAUUCAGUAGCGCCAACACUUCCAAUCAGCACUGUUGUGUUUUACGAUUGUGAGGAAGGCUACGAAGAUGUCUCCAGAAUGAGAGGCUACAUGAUUUGCAGCUUAGGUGGUCGAUGGGAAGGUCAGCCGCCAUCAUGUCAACCAAUUAAAAAGGAUGAGCCUAGUACUACACCUAAAGUGAAGACAAGUCCAAAAGCUACGAAAAAUCCAGAAAUAAAUAGAGGGGAUACCGCGGCACGCACAGGAAAAAACGAAGAUUCAAAUACGAAUUCAGCGGUGAUUGUUGGACUAACAGUAUUUAUCGUUAUUCUUAUUCUCUUUAUCUUGAUUGUGGCUGCCAUCGUUUUAAUCAGGAAGAAAAACGAACGAAACCGUAUACCUCGUGCAUUCACCAAUAAAAACCCGGAUGUUGGUGUACCUGAUAUCAACCACGAUAAAGAUGAUACGCCUUUUUGCAAUUAUGAAUUCCAAAACAACGACGAAAGUGACAGAUCAGUGCUUGGAGGCCUGUAAACAAGAGUAUUAGAAGAAUUUAUUACUCAUUUUGCCUGUACAUUUCUGAAGAACAUAUUUGUUGUUAAUAAAUUUAGUGCUUAUAAAAAAAAUAUUGUAAUUGAAUCAAGCAUAAAAAUAUAUCUUCAUAUUUAAUAGAAUUUACUCUGGAGGAAAUGUAUCGAGCAUCCAUGACCGUAGUCGUACCCCGUAGGUCUAGUUACAAAAGACAGGCUCUAGACGAGCAUACUGUAGCUAUUUAUUAGUUUGUUGUGUGAUUAUAAGAGCCAUUGGGAUUCCCUAGUGUACAUGAAGCAUUUUAAAUUUCGUCAUGCAUCGGACACGAUUUAAUUGAGAACGCAACACGAUGAGGUGAGCACUGUCGGUGCUGUUCUUCAGCGGCCGAACCAGUGUGCGCUCAGCUUUACCGUUGUGAAGCAUAGUGAGAAUAUUACAUAUUAUAUGUAUAUGUUAAGCCUAAGAGUUUUGUUGUGAUAGAAUCUUUUAGCGCCGGGCACACAAUGCACCGACGGUCGGUGUCGACGCGAUUCAAUUAAGAACAAAAUUUGACAACGUGUACGCAACAGAUCGUUUUUUUUUAUUGACGAUCCGCUCCGACUUCUACCGACAAUCAGCAGACGUAAAGCGCCCUCCUCAGAAUGCUAAGAUGGAUUACUGCGGCCGACGGCCGUACGACUGCCGUCAAAAUCACACAGUAUGUGCCCGGAUUUAAGCCGGUCCCACUCGUUGCGAUUUGGCUACGACACUUGCGACUACACUUUUUUGAACAUGUUAAAAACCGCAAUAUAUUAUACGUUUCCAUUAUGAGUACUGGUAUUUCUGUCGUGCUGUAUACACCUUUCAUACCUUCACCAGCUCCCGCGCAAUAGACAAUUUUAGACUGAGACAGCUUGUAGUAAGCAAAAUCGCAACGUCUGAGACCGGCUUUAGUUUAAACGUACCUGUGGUUUAAAACACACUCAUUGUUAAACUGAGGUUAACAAACCCGUGAAAAAUAUUAAAUCGUUAUGCUGUCAUUCUAUGACAUGAACGAGAGAACAGGUUAAGAUUAUAUUUUUGAUUUAUUAGUAUUAAACGACUGCAAGCAAACAACUCCAAGAGACACGCUUAUCCCGUUUAUGCUGCUCAACGCCAGCCAAUUCUAAAUGAUGACUUUGUCUGCUCUGUAUGCCAGCGUCGCUGCCGUUCACGUCUCGGCCUGACCAGCCAUGAUAAUAAUGAUGUUAAUAAUGGUAAUAAUGAUGAAAAUAAUAAUAAUAGUGAUAAUAAUAAUAACAGUGAUAAUAAUGAUAAUAUUAAUAACAAUAAUAAUAAUAAUAUUAAUUAAAUAAAUAAAUAAAAUGUUAAAAAAUUCAGAGAGAAAGGAGAUCUGUCCGACGAAACUUCCCAUGUAUUCAUGAUUAAGUAUUUCUUGCUGUAGGUUCGAUGGAUUAAAAAUAAUUUAGUGAUUAUUAACGUGGUUUAAGAUUAGUUUAAGCUUUUUAGGACUCUAUUUAUUAGGACUUCUGAGGGCAUUUGAUUUUUUUUAACCCGAGGUAAGUGUAAGCUACACAGUUACUGAUUUAUGGGCUUUGAAAGACUCCCUAAAAUGUCUUUGUAUUCCGGUUUGAUUAUGGUGUUCAUUAAGUCAUCAAGAUGCAGAAGACACGAGAAUAGCUAGUGUAGGUAGGUCCCUCUGGUGUAGGUUAUAUAGCCUAGUCUCUUGUGGAGUGAUGACAUUCGCCCCGACAAAAAUUCAUUUACUGCAGAAUAUAAUUAAAAAUUUUAUAUGAACCCAGUGAAAUUCCACUGUACGAAUUUGUUGAUGGAAAACCUGAAGGCUUAGUCACGCUUUAAUAAAUGUUCCAUUAUUGGAAUGAGUUAUAAAAAAUGAAUGUACUUAAGUAAUAAUUACUAUAUAUCAAGAUUUGUUAUAUAAUAAAUGUGCGUAAUUUCAAUGUAA